UUAGUUUUCAAUAUAUUGUAUUGAGUGUGAGACUGACUUCUGUUAAAGGAACAAGAAUAAUAUAGUAUCACAAUGCUAUUGAAACCAUCGGAAAUAUAUUAUUGCCAAAAUUCUGUCAAAAACAAAUUUUCAAAUGGGAACAGAAUCGGAGAAACUCUUGAUGAUUUAUGUGAAGGAAGGUGCCUACUGUCAAGCUUUCCGAGGAUCCGUGUGUCUAAAAGGGAUUCAAAAUGGUUUACAACAGAUAACAGACGUCUGUGGGUGUUUAGGCAUCUUUACAGGCUAGGGAAAUGUGGAGAAAUACCCGUAAUUGAGACUGGAGACAUUCCGUCACAAAAAAUGACAACAGACAAUGGCGGCACAUCAAUAUCAGUCCGAGGCGCCGGCGGACCUGGUGGAACAUGGUACCUGAAACCAAAUGGUACGGGAUCAAAUCCUGACGGCACAUUUUCGUGCACUUGGCCAGAAAGUAGUUUCUACAGCAUAGGGUCGUUUUAUUCCGAUUCUGAUGAUGACGUUGACUCCGAUGACUACGGGUUUGAUGAUUUAGAUGAUGAGUACGAAUAUGACUCUGACUUUACGGUUGCUUAGCACGCGUGCUUUAUAUUGGGCAUAAUUAUAAUAUUGUUUAAGAUUGUAUGUAUAAUUUAAAAUAAUUUGUUUCUUUGUUUCUUUGUUUGAGAUUAUAUUUAAUAACAUAAUAAGUUUUCAGAUUGACAUAACAGCAUGCAAUUUGGUUAGUAUACCCUAAGGUAUCAUACACUUUUUGCAUUUGCAAAAUGACUUUCGCCUUUCAAUGAAUAUUUCAUUAGACCAUAUUGUGAUGUUCAGCUGACAUAUUUGAUUUAUAUUAAAUGAAUUUACGAAGGUAUUUAUAUUACUGUAUUUUUGUAUGGCUACUUUUUAAUAACACUACUGUCAUGUUAUGUUUCAUUUGCUCACUAUUAAGAAUAGAUUAUAAGAAAUACUAUAUCAUAAAAUUGCUACCUUUUGUUAUAACCUAUUGACUUUUAUUAUGUAUGAAGAGUAACUGAAUAACACAUUGCCUGUUUUUUUAAACUAAAUACAAACCUACGGGGAAACCAAUAUGUAUAUGAAAAUAGACGUUAUACACUUGUGUGCGUUAUGUUUAACUGAACUGAUAAAACCAUAUUCAUAAAAUCAUUGCAAUCGAUAGGUAAAACAAAACCAUAUUCUUUAUUUUGGACUUACUCCAAGUUUCAAGUUUGUUGAUAGUUAUUAAUACCUUUUAUCGAUAUAAAGCACACACAAUAACAUUAUGAUUAUGCUAUCUAAAAAUACGUUUUCUGAAAAUUUAUAUCUAGAGGUUGGUCAUUUAAAAUGCAUGAAAAUGAUAAAUAAAGACUCUUAGGAUGCAUGUGCCAUACCUUUAAAUAGUGAAUAUUUAUUAUUGUUAUUGUUAUUAUUUUGUAUUAUACAUUACAAGACUAUCAAAAUAUUAUAGAUAUAAGUUAUAUUUAUACGUUGCUGUUUUAUUUUCACUUGUUUUGUUUUGUAAAUAUUGAUUGUUUUGGUCAGAUUUUACUUGGUCUUUAUUUGAAAAAAAAAACGUUUUGAGAGGCUAAAUACAUAUGCAUACUCUUACUGAAUGAAGAAUAAUAGGAUUUGCUGAUUGUCAGUCCUUUUUAUAUUCAUAUAACUAUUUAACGAACGGUUUCAAACGCUCAUGUUACCAUUGGUUAUGUUUGUUUAAUUAUAUCGUUUUUAUGUUGUUUUUCGUUUUUCUGUUAAAUACAGUGCCUUUCCUACAAGAUCUAUCAUAGAUGUUUUUUGUGCGAGGUGUAUCAUAGAUGUUCUGCGGUCCAUUUAACAUGUAAAAAUUGACUCAAUCACUCGUAACGUCGGCAUUCUGUGAUGCAUAUCGCAGGCACUUUACCAAAAAAAAACUUUCACUUUUAAGUAUCAUUCAACGCCGACAUGAAAAUAUGUUCUAUUUCAAGUAUUUUUACACUAAAAUACUCUUUAUAUAAUUGAAAUUAUCAAAGUUGCAAUUAAAUAUUUUGUUGUUAAUAUUUCAAAUCAAUUAUGAUAUAUGUGUUGAAUUUUCUUUAGAUAAUCAGUAACGUUCUAACCAUGUUUUUAAACCAAGUAAAACUGUGAUAAAACUUUUGUUUGAAAGUAACUUAUUGGCCUAUUGGGGCUAUUGUAUUGUGAUGUAUUUUACCUAUUUACUUGUUGUUACUAUAGGCACGUGUCUUUACAAGCACAUGCCACUUUAAUAAAUACAUUACUAAUAUGAACAGACUCAAUGGAACCGAGUUUGCUAUUCUUUUGUUUGGUUGCAUUUUGUGCUUUCGAAGUAUUGUGAUAAAUAAUUGUCUAAGCGCAGCUUAACGUAGGUUUGAUUUACAUUAUUACGUUACAGGACCUGUUAGACUGGCUAUAUCCAAAAUUUGUUAUCCUCUUUAAAUAUAAGAUAAAAUGAUACUAUUCAAGUAAAAUGAAUAUAUACAUGCAGUUUUCUUAAGCCUGUAUGCGCAUGUUAUGUUUUAUAUCUGUUAUCUGUUACACAUUGUCUGUGAUAAACGCUUUAUGUUUUAAUAUAUCUCUGCUGAAUUUGUUAACCAAAGCACAUACGUUUUAAAUGACAC